GCUCAUUAUUCUUGUUUUGAUUUGAUACCAAAUCAAGAAAUCGCAAAUUCCCAAUAAAUGUGGUCUUUGACUCUUUUCCUUGAUUAUUUUCAAAUAUCACCCUCCACAAAAAAGAACCGCGUGUAUAAAUGGAGUAUAGAUUAAUAUAUGAAUAUAGGACUAUUAUAUUUCAUAUCCCUCUGCUCUCUUUCCUUUAUUUCACCAAACCCCACCAUUCAUCAAGCAUUUCUCUGUCCUUCAUUGUCUGAUUCUUCCUAAAUUUUUGCUUUCUAGAAUUCACAAUUGAUUCAUCUCUUCACCAAAUUCAUCUUCAGUUUCUUAUCUUUUUUUCUCCAUCUAUAUAUAUUUGGAACUGCCUUUUAAUGGCGGAUCCUACUCUAACCACUCCAUUUUUGAAUCAUACUACUACUGAUCAAGCUGCAAUCUUAGAUUCUUCUGAUGCUGAAAAAACCCAUCUUUCUCUUACGGUUGAAAAUCCCACAUCGGAAGAUCCUGAAUUUGACAUUCAAAACCCCUUUGAAUUGUUGGGCGUUGAUGGGUUUUGUGUUCCAGCUUCAUCUACUGCUGAUCCUUUCAGAAAUCAUACCUUUGAAAUUAAUGGGUUUUAUGAAUGGUUUAAGAUCUUAAUUAUUCUUCCUAUUACUGCUAUUAGACUUGCUGUUUUUGGGUUGACUUUAGUUGUUGGGUAUUUUGCUACUUUACUUGCUCUUCAAGGUUGGAAAGAUAAGCAAAAUCCUAUGCCUAGAUGGAGGUCUAAUCUUAUGUGGGUUACAAGAAUUUGUGCUCGUUGUAUACUCUUCUCUUUUGGCUAUCAAUGGAUACAACGGAAAGGAAAGCCAACACCUCGAGAGAUAGCUCCUAUUGUUGUUUCGAACCAUGUAUCAUACAUCGAUCCAAUAUUCUUUUUCUAUGAGUUAUUCCCGACUAUUGUUGCGUCCGAUUCCCAUGAUUCAAUGCCUUUAGUUGGGACUAUUAUCAGAGCAAUGCAGGUGAUAUAUGUAAAUAGGUUUUCACCUUCAUCAAGGAAAAAUGCUGUGAAUGAAAUAAAGAGAAAGGCUUCGUGCAAUAGAUUUCCUCGAGUUCUAUUAUUUCCGGAAGGAACCACGACUAAUGGGAGAUUCCUUCUUUCUUUCCAAAUGGGAGCGUUCAUACCUGGUAAACCAAUCCAACCAGUUGUUGUCCGCUAUCCUUAUGUGCACUUUGAUCAAUCUUGGGGUAAUAUUUCACUUGUGAGGCUGAUGUUUAGGAUGUUCACCCAAUUUCACAAUUUCAUGGAGGUGGAAUACCUUCCUGUUGUACGGCCUUCACAGAUUCAUAAAGAAAAUAUUACCUUUUUUGCCGAAAGGACUGCAAAUUCUAUGGCCACAGCACUAAAUGUCCUGCAAACAUCUUUUACAUACGGGGACAUGUUACUUUUAAUGAAAGCAGUUGAAUUGAAGCAGGAAAAUCCUUCAAGAUAUAUGGUUGAAAUGGGCAACAUAAACUCGUCAUACCGUAUAAACACUAUGGAGGCUUUGGAAUUCUUGGAGAAGUUUCUUUCCAUGAAUCCUGAUAGCAGUGGUAAUGUAAAGAUUGAGGAUUUCUUAAGAGUUUUGAGAUUGAAGCCUUGUAGUUUAUCGGAAAAGAUAUUUGCAUUUGUUGAUAUUGAGAAGACGAGAAAGAUCACUUUUCAGCAGUUUUUGUUGGCAUCUAAUCAUAUCAUGAAACAGCCAGUAUUUCAACGCGCCUGUGAAUUUUCUUUUGCAAAAUGUAGUGCUGGGAAACAUGAUUACAUAAAUGAACAAGAGUUUGGAGAUGCAAUUCGGCUGGGCAUGCCCAAUGUCAAAGAUCACGAGGUUAAUGAACUAUUCAAACUAUUUGAUACGGACAGUGAUGGAAAAAUAAGGAAGCAUGAGUUUCUCGGUUGUUUGAGAAGAAACCCGCUACUUGUUGCCAUCUUCUCACCUCUUCUUCAAGAAGACUUCGCGCAUUUUAGUAAUGGCCUGUUAGAUGAGAUGGUAUAAAGAUAGAAUCAGACGACACCGGAAUUGGAAACUCAAAUUUCAUUGAUAUAUUUAUUGGAUUUGACAGAGUUAAUGUACAAUAUUUUGUGCCCGUAUUAUUAUGCAUCUUCCUUCCCUGGAGUGGGUUCAGGGUUGGGAUAUUCAGCUUUCGCAUAGGUCUGAAAUUUUAAGUGGUUCAGACCCUAGUUUAGUGUUCAUUGUAAACCAAUCUGUGGAAUUUCUUGUUAUAAAUUAACAUAGUGAAAUACAGUGCUUUAUGACAGAAAGUACGGCGCUUUCUGAUUAA